CGAGGUUCAGGGACCCACAGAGACCUCCCUUGGCCGCGGAGACCCCAAUAGUGGGCGGGACCCUGGGGCCAGCCGGAAUCCUCUGCCUGUUUUUGCGCGGCUGUGACUUUAAGCGUGCGGCGGGGUGCGCGGGCUCUUUAAGGGGGCUCGGGGCGUGUCAGGAAGUGAGAGCUGGGCCCGCCUCCCCGGGAAGCGGCCUGGCAGGGGGAGCCGGGAGGCUCCGGGCUCCAGCUCCCGCCGGCUCCCUGGAGGCGGUGCGGGCCUGGCCUCCUCCCAGCCCCGCGGACCUCCUCCAGCGUGCCUCCGGCCACUGCAGCUACUGCACCCUGCUUCUCGGCCGCAGGCUCCUCGCACGCCUCCGCCUCUCGGCAAACCCCCCUUCCGUUGCAGCCCCCGCCUCUUCUCCCACCGCUUCCUGGCACCUCUCCCUGCCUCCCCCUUCAUCCAUCCCACUCCCCUCCCGAGAGCCCCCUCCCCCAAUCAUCUCAGUCCAACUUUAGCCUGGCCCUCGCCCUUUCUCCACAUCCUGCCCCAUGAGCCCCCUCAGGGCAGGGGCCGGUCGUGAGAACCACCCCAAAGCAGAAGCGCUCCACCCUGGAGGAAGGGCCCCCCUGAAGCGCUCCAGGAUCCUGCACAUGGCUCUGAUGGGCGCUUCCGAGCCAUCCGGGGACGCCGAGACCAGCGGUGAGAAGCCCUUCCUGCUGCGGGCCUUGCAGAUCGCGCUGGUGGUCUCUCUCUACUGGGUCAUCUCCAUCUCCAUGGUGUUCCUCAACAAGUAUCUGCUGGACAGCCCUUCCCUGCAGCUGGACACCCCCAUCUUCGUCACCUUCUACCAGUGCCUGGUGACCACACUGCUGUGCAAGGGCCUCAGCGCGUUGGCCACCUGCUGCCCCGGGACCUUGGACUUCCCAGCCCUGCACCUGGACCUCCGCGUGGCCCGCAGCGUCCUGCCCCUGUCGGUGGUCUUCAUCGGCAUGAUCACCUUCAAUAACCUCUGCCUCAAGUACGUGGGGGUGGCCUUCUACAACGUGGGGCGCUCCCUCACCACCGUCUUCAAUGUGCUGCUCUCCUACCUGCUCCUCAAGCAGACAACCUCCUUCUAUGCCCUGCUCACCUGCGGUGUCAUCAUAGGUGGCUUCUGGCUGGGUGUGGACCAGGAAGGGGCCGAGGGCACCCUGUCUUGGACGGGCACCCUCUUUGGCAUGCUGGCCAGUCUGUGUGUGUCGCUCAACGCCAUCUACACCAAGAAGGUGCUUCCGGCUGUGGAGGGCAGCAUCUGGCGCCUGACCUUCUACAACAACGCCAACGCCUGCGUGCUCUUCCUGCCGCUGCUGCUGCUACUGGGGGAGCUGCAGGCCCUGCUCCGCUUCCCGCUGCUGGCCAGCGCCCACUUCUGGGCCACCAUGACCCUGGGCGGCCUCUUUGGCUUCGCCAUCGGCUACGUGACGGGGCUGCAGAUCAAGUUCACCAGCCCCCUGACCCACAACGUGUCGGGCACGGCCAAGGCCUGCGCACAGACGGUGCUGGCCGUGCUGCACUACGAGGAGGCCAAGAGCUUCCUGUGGUGGGCCAGCAACCUGAUGGUGCUGGGCGGCUCCUUUGCCUACACCUGGGUCCGGGGCUGGGAGAUGAAGAGGGUGCAGGAGGAGCCUGGCCCCCGGGAGGACCAGAAGAGCAGCAUGGGGGUGUGACCUGGGGGAGUGGGGAGCCCAGGCUGUGGCCAAAGGGUGGCCUGGGGAGGCUCUGAGUAUCUUUUAUGUUUGCUGCAGAUGCCAGAAAGUUGCCAAACCUGUCUGGACCGCUUUCCUCUUUCUGGGGUCCUGUCCUCCCCAAGGAGAAAGGGAAACAACACACCCCCACCCCCAUGAGAAUAGCCAGUUAUAUUCUCCAGAAGGAAUGCCAGCUCUUAGGGAUAGUCAGAGAGGAGGAGCACCCCUUUCUGCCCCCUUUUCUAGGGCCUUCUACCUCCAUGUGACCUUUGGUGUUGGGGCCAGGCCACAAUCUUGAAGGGACAGUAUUACGAAGCCGUUAGGUCUUCACUUAACACUCAGGGCAGGUGGGGGUGUGACCCCCCCCCACUACCACCACCACCACAGGCCAACUGAAGGAACUGGAGAAACCUUACAUUUUGGGGGCCCAGGGCAAACCGCAUAGCUUCAGCCCCACAAACCAAACAAGCCUUUCCUUUCCUCCAGAGAAAAGUGCAAAAUGAGGUGAGGGAAGGAACAGAGAGAUGUCACUGGGAAGAGGGCAAAGUGUCCCUUGUCCCCACCUGACCCUGGAACCCUCAGGGGCUGCUGGGAAAUACCCAGGAAUGGGGUACCUCAUUGGAAGGUGUGGCCACCUCCUCCCACAUUUCCAGCUUGUUAGUAUGGGGAAACCACAGAUGACUGCAGGCUCCGUGGGGCCACAACACCCUGCCUCCUCCAUCCCCAACACUGCUUCUUCCUGCUUCACCCCUCUGUACCCCCAGACUAACUGCUUCUCCCUGCUCCUCACACCUGGCUCAGCUGAAGGAACAGCCUCCCGGCAGUGGAACCAGUGAGCGGCUGCUUGUUACUCCCAGUCCUGCCCCAUCAAAGCUUCAUCCCAGCAAGUCCCAGCUCAGAAUCUUUCACCUGGGCUGGGAGUCUGGGGGAGACAGGUCUCCAUGGAGCAGGUUCUGUGACUGACUCCCGCCCAGCUCUCUAUCCCUGGGGGUGGGCGUGGUAGAUAAUGACGUUCUCACCUGAGUUAGGGUUCCUGUCCCCUCACCACGUGGUCCUGGCCAUAGGGUGCUUUUCACCCCCUCUGUCCCACCUGUCUCCUUGGAAUUCCUGAUCGUUGUCACAGUGGAGGCUGGGCAGGUGACUCUGAGGUCCACCCUCCCCGUCCCUGCACUGUACCUGGUGUUCUCUAGUGAAGUUGGCAGGGUAUGACGCCCUGCGUUCUGUGUGAUUCCAUUAAACGCUGCAGUAAGCCGUC